UUUUCCUCUUUAUAAAUUUUUCUCGUGGAAGAGGAAGGAAGAAGAAGAAAAAAAAAACGAAAACUUUGGGUGGCGAUUAGAGAUUGCCGAGAGGGAGGACACGUUGUUGUCUCCGUGUAAGAGAGAAAUAGAAAAGAGUUUGCUUUUCUUCUCGUUCUAAAUCUGAUUACUUUUUUUUUUAAUCUCUAAAUGGCGGAAGCAGCAAUUAGCAGAACGAAUCUGAUCUUCCGAGGAGCUUGCGUGAAUAAUCACAAGCAUCAUGUUGUAGAUGAUUACUCUGUCUCACCACCGCCGGUGAGUUUUGGUCUGAGGAAGAGCUUCUCCUCCUCCUCUCUCAAGCUGAAGAAGCCUCAUACUCUGUUCCAGACCUUCACAAGGAGCAGCAGAUCAUCAUCAUCCAUAUCAGCAGCUCAGACAACGCUGAGGAUUGGGACACCACAGAAAUGGUGGGAGAAGGGUUUGAAAGAGAACAUGAGAGAGAUCUCUUCAGCUCAGGACCUUGUUGACUCUCUCACCAACGCUGGUGAUAAGCUUGUUGUCGUUGACUUCUUCUCUCCUGGCUGUGGUGGCUGCAAGGCUCUUCAUCCUAAGAUAUGUCAGUUGGCAGAGCAGAACCCUGAUGUGCAGUUUCUUCAGGUGAACUACGAGGAGCACAAGUCCAUGUGUUACAGUCUUGGUGUCCAUGUCCUCCCUUUUUUUCGAUUCUACCGUGGCGCUCAUGGUCGUGUCUGCAGCUUUAGCUGCACCAAUGCAACAAUCAAGAAAUUUAGAGAUGCGUUGGCGAAGCAUAGUCCAGAUAGGUGCAGCCUCCGACCGACCAAAGGGCUUGAAGAGAAAGAGCUUGUGGCACUUGCAGCCAACAAGGAACUCGAUUUUAGCUACACGCCCAAGGCUGUACCUGUUGAGGAAGAAGCACCCGUCCCCGCUUCCAACCCUGUUCCUCAUCCAUCGAUGAGCGCCAAUGAUGAAAAGACAUUGGUCUCCGCAGGGAGAUGAUUACCGUUCUGAGAGCCAGUAAACAAUUAUCUGUACAGUUGUUUGCGUGAUAUUAGUACUAGCAACUGGAUAUACAUAUGUUGCAGUACCUAAAGUUGUAAGUUCUUGGAGCAGCCGGUUUAGUGGGGGGUUUAGUUUUUUUUUCGGGUUCCCCUGAGCAAAACCGGUUUCAUGUGGUUUUCCUAGAGCAAGACCAGUUCUUAUGGUUUUGCUCAGUUCUUAUGGGAUUGAAGAGUGGAUGGUCGUGCGCCUGUGGUGCAACCAUGGAAGCUUUCUUCUUCAGUCUGCUUCAGUAGGAUGUUUUUCUGUCUUUGGCUUGUUUUUUUUUUUUUACUGUUUAAAGGUAUUUUCUAUGUAAGUAAAAAUAUCCAGUAAAGUUUAUGCAAAAGUCGCUCUAUGGAUUUUAUAUUUUGUAUAAGAAUGUAAAGGUUGUUUGUGAAGCUUCAAAGUUUUAAAAUGUUUAAGUGUGGGUUUAAUGUC